AGGGCUGAAAGUGGGGAUCCGGGGGAGCCCAGAGUAGGAGUCCGAGGAGGCUCAGAGCUUGGAGUCCUAAAAGGCUCGGAGUCGGGGAUCUGAAUGGUUCAGGGAGGGAAGAAGAUUUGGGAGUCAGCCUCAGAGCUAAAGAUCCCAGGGUGCUGGAGUGAAGGGGCGCUCAGGAGGGGAAAUCCGAGGGGCGUCCAAAUGGGGGGAUCCGGGGAGGCUGAGGGUGGACAUGUCUGAGGAGGCUCAGAUUGGGAUCACAGGAGUGCACAGAAUGGGAUUCGGUGGGGGGCGGGGGUCGCUGAGUGUUGAUAGCCGGGCUCACAGUUGCAGGUCUGAAGCGGGGUCUCAAGGUGUUUAAAGGGGCUCUGGAGUGCAGCCCUGGGGGCUAUGUGUAGAGCUUUUGAGAAAGGCUCCCUGUGUGUGGGGCCAGAGAAUGUUCUCUGUGGGAGGAUUGAGAAGGCAUAUGUGUAGUUGGAUGGGCCCUUAGUGGACAGAGUAAUGGGGGAUUAUUCUUGGGGCUCAUUGUGUCCGGGCAUGGAACGUAGGGGCUCUCUGUGUGGCUUGUAAGAUGCUGAAGACUCAGCUUUUAGAGACCAAGUGCGUUUCAGAAGAGGGCUGAGGACUGGGUGCAAGGAGUUGGUGUUGAUGGAGGAGCAGGACGCCAGAGUCCCAGCCCUGGAACCAUUCAGAGUGGAGCAGGCACCACCUGUAAUCUACUAUGUCCCUGACUUCAUCUCCAAAGAAGAGGAGGAGUAUUUGCUUCGACAGGUUUUUAAUGCCCCAAAGCCAAAGUGGACCCAGCUCUCUGGGAGAAAGUUACAGAACUGGGGUGGGCUUCCUCAUCCCCGAGGGAUGGUUCCUGAGCGGCUGCCCCCAUGGCUCCAGCGCUACGUGGACAAAGUGUCAAACCUCAGCCUCUUUGGAGGCCUCCCAGCUAACCAUGUCCUCGUGAACCAGUAUCUGCCUGGGGAGGGCAUCAUGCCCCACGAGGACGGACCACUGUACUACCCGACUGUCAGCACCAUCAGCCUGGGCUCCCACACCGUGCUGGACUUCUAUGAGCCGCGGCGGCCAGAGGACGAUGACCCUACAGAACAGCCUCGGCCUCCGCCCCGGCCCACCACCUCGCUACUGCUGGAACCGCGCAGCCUGCUGGUGCUCCGCGGCCCCGCCUACACGCGCCUCCUCCACGGCAUCGCCGCCGCCCGCGCGGACGCGCUGGACGCCGCUUCCCCGCCGCCCAAUGCGGCAGCCUGCCCGUCGGCGCGGCCGGGAGCCUGCCUGGUGCGCGGCACCCGGGUCUCGCUGACCAUCCGCCGCGUGCCCCGCGUGCUGCGUGCCGGCCUCCUGCUGGGCAAGUGACCGCCAGGGCCGGGACCCCUCGGAUUCCCAGGUUCCUGCCCCCUUGGGGCUGCUGUGACUGCGACCUAGGAACCGUGGGCAGAGGGGCUCCCCUGGGUUAUUUAUUUUCCCAGUAAUUUUGUGUGAGCUACAGAAAACCCCAUACCAAAUAAACAAAAAAUCUUUCCUUGGU